GCAGCUCUUUGUUUUGUGUGUGUUGUGUUUUUUCUUAAAAACAACUGAAUUUUUCUCAAAUUACAAAUUCUUGUAAUUUACAAAUAAUUGCCAAAUAUUUAAGUAAUUUGUGAAUUAAAUAUUUCUAUAAGUUUUUAAUUGUUUUAAAGAAAUUAAAUCAAAAAAGUGUGGUGUUUUUUGGUGGAGCGUGUUUGUUGUAAAAAAAACUUGUCUGCCGAGGAAGAAAGAAAAAACAAGAAAAUAAUUUAUGUUGUUUGUGUGUUUGUGUUUUUUCUUACAACUGAAUAGUUUUUGCUAAGGUUUUAAAUUCUUGUAAUUUACAAAUAAUUGCCAAAUUUUAGUGUAAUUUGUGAAUUAAAAUAUUACUAUAAAUUAUUAAUUGUUAUAAAAUUAAAUAAACAAUUGUGGUGUUUUUGCUGGAAUUUGUUGCUGGAGAGUGGUUGUUUAAAAAACUUGUCUGCCGCGUUUCUUCCGUGUAAUAAAAAAACAUUUUUGCAUAAAUUAAAAUAAUUUUGCACUUAUCUUUUUUCAAUUUACUUAAAACGUAAUUAUUGUUUUACUUUUCAUAAAGCUAAUUAAAAACAACUUUUGGAAAAUGAAAAAUCGUCCCACUACUUCGAAUAUUGUUUCCGAAUGGGAAGAUAGUGUUCUUUUCGAUGCUGAUGAUCCUGAUUUUUGUAAUAUUAAUCCCAAUGAAACGAAUGUUUUAAAUAAUAUUGCUGUUGUUGAUAGUGUUGGUAGUGCUACUAACAUUUUUAUGCCACCACCACCUAUAUUAGAUUCUAUAGCUAAUGGUUCAUUUAACUUUAAGGUACCAUCAACAACAAUGUCUUUGGCAAGUGUACAUGGUCCUCAAUUCACUGAUAUUUGCAGUUCAUUGGGUCGCAGCAGUAUCAGCAUGUCAUCAUCAUUGUCUGAUUUAGUUGGCAGCCCUUUGGAAAUUUCAGUGGAUAAUGUUUUAACCAUUGAAGAAUUGAGACAACAUAUUGGUUCCUGUUUCACCUGUGGUGUAUCGUGGACCGAUGAUCAUGUCUCUUUGGAUUGCAGUGAAUGCGGUGGUUACAGUAUUGAACGUCCCUGCCCUCUAUGUGACGGUCAAUGCGGUGUUCAAUGGAAACGUGAUUUUACCAUGUCUCAUACUUGUGGUAAAGCUCGUUGGUUGGGUGUUUGUCCCAGUUAUCCAGAAGCAGCUAUGCAUUUUAAUCAACCUACAUCUAAUACUGCUACCAUUACCAAUGCCUCCGCCUCCUGUGCUGCUGCAGCUGCCACACAAAUGCGUUUAGCUACCGAACUGUGUGCCCGUCUAGAGCAGCUUUCAGCCUCUUCAUCAAAUCAUAUAUGAUUCCUCAACCAAAACGCCAUUUAAAUCUAAACCUCCAAAAUAUUAAAACCAUCAACAACACCACAUUAACCAGCAGUCAACUCUACAACACACAAACAUACUGUAACAACAACUUUAGUUGUUGUUAUUCCUUCCUAAAUCUUUCAUCAUAUUAUCCAGCGCCACUCAUCACCAUACAACCACCCACCACCCACCAUAAAAGUUAAUAUUUUGGUAUUUGGUUUGGUGUUUUUCGUUUUUAAUUUUUAAGUUUUUUAAGAGAAUCUUUAAGUUUUAAGCGCCCUCUUCAUGAUUAAGUUUAGGUUUAAGUUAAACUAUAUUUGGUAUAAUUACAAAAACAAAACAAAAUUUGUAUAAAGAAAGAAAAUUGAAAUACGUUUUCAGUUACCCAGAGCCAUAUAUGAUUGGUUUGCUUAACUGGCUUAACAAAGACUAAACCAAAUUUUUAAGAAAAUUCUUCAAAUUGUUUUAAACAAAUUUUCUGUAGAAAAAAAAAUUUUGAAAAAUUUCUCUUUAUUAAGUUUAGUUUAAAAAUUUGUUAAUCCACUUUGUGGACCAGGCCAUAUAUUAAAAUGGUCUCACUUUGACUGAACUAUUUUUAAACGAAAUUUAUUGUAUAAGUAAAAAAAAAAAAACAAACAAAAAAGACUAUUGCUUUAAAAAUUAAAAUUGUAUGAUAUUAAUAUGGAUUAUAUACUAUACGUAUACAAAAAUAUAUAUAUAGAUAUAUAUUGUAUAUCUUUGUACUUGUAACUUGUAUUUUAUAGUAUAAUUAAUACUUAAAAAUGAAAAAAAGUAAAGAAAACUGACAAAAAA